AUGAGCGCAGGACUACCUCUUCGAAAACUCCAGCUCAACACCUCCACCCCAGGCCACGCCAAAUGCGGCCCGGCUCUCAUUACCAGCACAAAACCCACAGCAACUAGGGCGUACACGUUUGGAGAAGGCGUUGCUGGCGCUCCCGCCGAAAGAGCGAGCGACAAUUGA